AUGUUUUCUCAGAUCAUCCUCGGCGCAAUCACCGGAGAGGGCGGCCUUCUUUUCUACAUUUCAAAGGGCAUCGCAGAUGCAGCCAUGGGUGGCGGUGGCGGUGACAUCACCUUCACAUCCCCGACGAAGUUCAUUGUCAGCCCGGUGACAGACCUCUUUGUCGACCCGAACAAAGAUGUCACCAAGGCCCUUUCCCUGGGCCCUCCCAAGGCCACGGCCAUGCCAGCUGGAGUGACCGGCUGCCCUGCGAACAUGGACUGCACUAACUACUUCUGCGUGUCUUCGGCCAUGAGCAAGAACUGGGGGAAGGCGCGCAAGACCCACAGUGCGCAGUGGGUUCUAUCCAAAAAAAAGUGGUGGUUGUCGAAGUUGGAGUUCUCUUAUGUACUCACCAGAAUACACAUGGGGUGA